AUGGCUUCCUGCUGCCACACCCUCUGCCCCGCUGCAGCAAAACUUGACCACUGCCACGGGGGCCCCCCCUGCUUCCCGAGGGGCCCCGGGGAGAAGCUGCUGCAGCGCAGCAGCAGCUGCAGCAAGGAGGGGCUAUGGGCCGAGGCCUACAGCUUGGGAGAACCUGAGGGGCUUCCGGAGGCGGAGCUGCGUGCUGCUGCAGCAGCAGCAGCUGCUGCUGCUUGUGGAGGCUGCGGAUGCGCAUGCGCGGGGGCGAAGGACUUCCACAGCAGCAGCUGCUGCGGCAGCUGCUGCAGCGGCUGCUGCAGCGGCUGCUGCAGCAGCAGCCGCAGCCAGAGCCACCUCCCAUCGGACAGGUCGCAGCUGCUGCAGCUGAAGGACUCGGCGAAGUUGUGCUGCUGCCAGCAUCACUGCCCGCACCACCACCCGCUGGCUGCGCAGCUGCAGCUGCAGCAGCAGGAGGUGGAGGUGCAGGCGUCUUCAGCUGCUGCAGCCCCGCUGCUGCUGCAGCAGCACGGCGAGGCUGUGGAGUAUGAGUACUACGUGUGGGACGCAGCAGCACAAGAGUAUGUGCAGACGGACCAGCAAACUGGAGAACACAUGCUGCGGGAUCCUCAGUACUUCCAGUACCACUACAGGCUGGUGGAGAAUCCCCAGGACGGCGAGGCGCUGCUGCUGCCGGAGCCGCUGGCAGCAGCAGCAGCAGCAGCAGCAGCGGCAGCGAGCUGCAGCGCAGCAGCGGCGGAGGAGGCCUCCAGCGAGGCGCCCAGGGCCCACGCCGGGACGCCCAGCCUCUGCAGGGAGCAGCUCGAGGAGGACUGCAGCAGCAGCAGCAGCGCAAUUAAUGAAAUCCAAGAAGAAGCAGAGUUGCUGCAGACUCCCGAGUCUUUGCUGACGCCGCAGCAGCAGCAGCGGUGGGAGGGGGCUGUGGCUGCGGCGUGCCGCGGCGGCUCCGGCUGCAGCCACCUCCAGCGCAGCAGCUUGCAGCUGCAGCAGCAGCAGCAGCAGCAGCGGGGCGGCCGCCCGCGGCGAUUUGGACUGUGA